UACAAUACAAUAUUCCCCUAUACAAUACAACAUUCCCCAAUACAAUCUAUAAAAAGUCUGAAGAAUAUAUUUUUUUAUGCAAAAAAGAAGCUGAUUAUUUAUCUCAAACAGAAGUUUUCUACAGUCCAUCUUUGCAACCUAAAAAUCUUUAUAUAUUUGAUCUAGCAGAAUUCAUAGUUUGAAAUAUAUGUCUGCGACAUCAGGUUGCAAGGAUAAAGGGAUCAAAACAAUUUUUUUGUGAUUCAAUCUUAGACUAUUUGAUUUAGCAGGAAUCAUACUUUGAAAUCUAAAAGGUUUAACACCUGAAUAUAUUGCAUAUAUUUAUAAGGAUUAUAAAAUAGAGUUCGUGGCAAGUGCUCAGUUUGCAAGUUGAACUUAAGUAUCAUAUGAUAAAACUACAUAUAAAGAUACUAUUUAAAGGAUAACAUGAGUGUUAGUGCGGUUGUGCGAACUAUGGAGGGUUAUGGGGAGAAUGCUACAGCUCAUGGUGUUAGAUAUGUAUUUCCUAAACAACCUCUGGUUGAUAGAAUCAUCUGGGGAGUAAUUGUAAUCUGCUUUACAGGGUUAUCUAUCUAUCUAUCUGUAGAAGCGUACAAGGACUGGCAAAACAACCCAACUAUAACUACUCUAAAUAAUGCUAACUACCCUAUUGGAAAGAUUGAAUACCCUGCAGUGACCAUCUGCAGUCCUGGAUUACGCACAGACCUACUUGACCAAGUUUUACUGAAGGAGUUCUCCCUCUGGUUAGCAAAGCAAAUCAUCACCAACCAAGGUGACAACUUUACUGUGCUGUACAACAAGUUCAACGUGGAAGAAUUUAAAAUAAACUCCACUGUAAUGAGUGUGAUGGAUCUUGUUAAAGUAUUCCUGUCACAGAAUAUUGAAAACAGUCAAACAGAUAUGGCAAGGAGAAAUGCUUUUGCUUGCGAUGCUAAACUACUGGCUAGUUUUCCACCGGUGUGUACUAUUACAUCUCCAAAGUUUACAAAAUAUGUUAGUUCCUACCAGGAUUGCUUUGGACUCUGUAAUUUAAAUUCUACCUGUGAGAGUGCUAUUUAUGUUGAAUCUAGUAAUGAAUGUUUUACAUCUUCUGAUACGACUGAAGUUGAUACAUUAAGACAGUUAGGUUGUGAAGUAGGAUUGUACUGGAUUAAAACAAAUCCAGUAUUCACUGAAAGGUAUGAAUAUCAGUCUACAGCAUCUUCAAACUGUUGGAGUGGAAAUGGGGGAGCCACGGAGGUGUAUCAGGCGCCAGAUUCCUACUUUAAUUUUACCGUUGCUGAAUGUAAAGUGGUUUGUGAUGUGGAUCCGCAAUGUCAAGGAUUCUUAUGGUGGUCAACUGAGCAAAGAUGUCAUAAAAGAUCAAAUUUUGUUUUUUCACUGUGUACAACUGAUAUAUAUACAGUGUAUUCACUUACAACAGGACAACCUCUAUAUGCUAAUCCUUAUAUUCCAAUCCCUGCAAACAUAUCAAACACAACUGAUGUAUCCACUUCUCCUGAACCAAUAUGCCCAGAGCCAGAAGAAACACUGUCUGCUAAAAUCAAACCUGGAGAAAUCCCCACGCUUGACUUAUUUAUAAAUGAAAAGCGAAGUGAAGAAUUAAAACAAAUGCAAAGUCAGCUUAUUGAACCUAUAAAACAAUAUAUGAAAUCCCUGGACUUUGAAACAUUUCGUAAGAUUUUUAAAUUAUUGGGAUAUGUUUCCCAACCUUGUUUUGAUAUUCCUGAUCUACAAAAUGUUAAAUAUCUGUUAAAAAGAUGUGAAAUACUUGGAACUGAGGUAAACUGUAGCAGUAUUUUUAGAACUGUCAUCACAGACUAUGGAAUAUGUUGUGGAGCUAAUGUACAGAAUAUACUAAGAGAAAGUAAAUAUACAACACUAGUAAAUGAAAUGGAUAAAACAAAUACUGUAGAACAACAACAAAAAAUACAUCCAAAAGUUGGGAAAAAUAAUGGUUUGCGUUUAACCAUUGAUAAAAGCAUUGGAAAUGUUGACUUUGGGACUGUUUAUGAAGACUAUGAUGCAUUCCAAUUGUAUGUUGGAUCUUCAAUGGAAUUCCCAAUGAUGCAAAUGAAGAGUAAGGUUUUAUCUCCUGGUAGAGAGCAUUUUGUCCAGCUUUCAUCAUACAUAAUAUCAGCAGAUGAUGAUAUAAAAUCAAUUUCACCUGAAAAGAGAGAAUGUUUUUUCCCUGAUGAAAGACAUCUAACUCUUUAUAAAACCUACUCAUUUAUUAACUGUGAUAUGGAGUGUAAGAUACUCCAGGUUGAAUCUGAGCUUGGAUGUGUCCCAUGGUUCUUACCAAAAGGGGAUGAAUCAAGUAUAUGUGAUCCCUGGACUGCGUUUAUGUUCCAAAAACAGAUGGAGAAAGUUGAGGUUACUGAAUCCUGUAAUUGUGCCCCUGACUGCUCCUCAAUUACCUAUACCAGUAGUCAUACUUCUUCUCCAUUCAGGGGUUGUGACUCUAGAAAUUUCAACUUGAGUCCUCUCUGCUUGAUCAGUGAGCAGGCUACAUCAGGUUGGACCGAAUCUGCAAACAGGAUUUACAAAUCUAAAAGUCAAACCGUACCGGUAAAUAUUAGCUCUAGCCAGCUUAGAACUAGAUACAGUACUUACAAGAUGAUGCAAAGUGAGAUAUUUACCAAUCUAGUUCAGGAUACAAGUUUUCUUACCUAUGAUGCAAUGAAGGAAGAUAUUGCUGUUGUUAAUAUAUAUUUCGCUGAUCCAACAUUAUUAGAAUAUGAACGAGGAAAACGAUUUACGUUUUAUACUUUCCUAUCAGCUGUUGGAGGUUUCUUCUCUCUGUUCCUUGGAUUCAGUUUAAUCUCUUUCAUUGAGAUAUUCUUCUGGUUCACCAUUAAGCUAUCAAGGAACUACUCUGUGCUAUUACUAACUUUAAAAUAUUUAAUGAAUACAUGGAAUUCUUUAUUGAAAAUACAUCUUUGA